UCCAUACCUUACCUUUCUCGCCAGUGCCGGAGAUUUUUUUGCCUCUUGCCAUCGGCUCUGGCCUCCGGGCUCGAAAAAAGAUUACUUUGGUGGAGUGGAACCGAGAAACCUAGUGAGGGGUCAAGGAGUCGGGGGGAUGGCGGAGGAAUUACCCGACGGUGUUGGUGCGGGAAACCCGGGCGUAGAAGGCGGCGGCGGCGAACCAGGGCAGCCCGCUACGGCAAGAACUCUCAAGGGGAAAUCCUGCAAGGGAUGUCUGUACUAUUCUUCGCUCCUCAAAUCCGACUCACGUAAUCCCGUCUGCGUUGGGAUUAGCCGGACUCUUCCAACAGCACCUUUAUUCAUUAUGGGGGAGUCUGAAAUGAAAGCUACACAAGAUGGGCACGAUCUGUCAGAUUUCAAGUAUGCCUGCAUUGGUUGUUCCAUUUUCAUGGAUAACAAUGAUAAGCAAGAACACCGAGCACAGUUGCCAUUUUGUGCUGGCAUUGAGCUAUUAGUGGAGAAAAGAGUGUCAACCUCUGAUCAUGUUGCUGCACCAGUUCAAAAAGAAGAUGCUACCGCCCGAUUCCCAUUACAACCACACCAACCAGGUCAAUCUUCGGCAGAACUUCUCAGCAAGUUUAGAAGGAAUGCUGGAGUGGUAGCUUCAGGUGUGGCUAAGAACCUGAACAAAGUGGGAAAUUACAUAAAGGACAACAUUGAUGAUAUAUUUUACCCUUUCCGCAAGCCACCCAAGUAGCAAAGCCACAAGUCCAACGCCGAGCAAGAGAUCAAAGAGGGCAAGCCACCCAAGUAGCAAAGCCACAAGUCCAACGUCGAGCAAGAGAUCAAAGAGGGCAAGCCACCCAAGUAGCAAAGCCACAAGUCGAACAUCGAGCAAGAGAUAAAACAGGACUGCAGCACAUUACUGUGUGAAUAUUGCUAGUUUAAAAUUACAACCUUAGAUUUGUCCAAAUGCUAAGAACAAUUGUAGCUCGAGUACUCGAAUGCCCAUUUGUCUUCAAAAUUUUGUUAUUUGUAGCCAGUAACUAUCCAAAACAUGAAGGGAUUUAUCAGUGAUUCCAUUUGACGAAGGGAUCAUUUUUGUCGAAUGUAUUUAACAUUAAGGAUUUUAAAUAUUAGUCAGAGUAGCGUAUGUUGAUUGGUAUUUGUUAUUCUAAUUAUCAAAUAUUUUUACAUUUUUAUUAUA